AUGGAAAGACACAACAUCACAGUGGUGAAGGAAUUCAUUCUGAUGGGAAUCACAGAUCGCCCGGAGCUGCAGGCUCCACUAUUUGUGUUGUUCCUCAUCAUUUAUCUGAUCUCAGCAGUGGGCAACCUGGGCAUGAUCAUCCUCACCAAGACAGACAACAAGCUGCACACUCCCAUGUACUUUUUUCUCAGACACCUGGCUAUUACAGAUCUUGGUUAUUCUACAGCUGUGGGACCCAAAAUGUUAGUUAACUUUGUUGUGGAUCAGAAUACAAUAUCCUAUUAUUUUUGUGCUACACAGCUUUCUUUUUUUCUCGUAUUCAUUAUUAGUGAGCUUUUUAUUCUGUCAGCAAUGUCCUAUGACCGCUAUGUGGCCAUUUGUAAACCUUUGCUCUACACAGUCAUUAUGUCACAAAGGGUAUGUUGGGUGCUGGUGGCAAUUCCCUAUCUUUAUUGUACAUUUGUGUCUCUUCUUGUCACCACAAAGAUUUUUACUUUAACUUUCUGUGGCUACAAUGUAAUCAGUCAUUUCUAUUGUGAUAGUCUCCCUUUGUUAUCUUUGGUCUGCUCAAAUACACAUGAAAUUGAAAUGAUAAUUCUGAUCUUAGCAGCUUUCAAUUUAGUUUCAUCUCUUCUAAUAGUUCUUAUCUCUUACUUGCUUAUACUUAUUGCUAUUCUCAGGAUGAACUCUGCUGAGGGCAGAUACAAGGCUUUCUCCACCUGUGGAUCACACCUGACAGUGGUCACAGUGUUCUAUGGGACUUUGAUAUUUAUGUAUGUGCAGCCCAAGUCCAGUCAUUCUUUUGAUACUGAUAAAGUAGCAUCUAUAUUUUAUACCCUGAUUAUCCCCAUGUUGAAUCCCUUGAUCUAUAGCUUGAGGAACAAGGAUGUAAAAUAUGCCCUGCAAAGGACAUUGAAUAAAAUAUGGGAUAUUGUUUACUAA